CCACAGAGCACGAGACCAUCACCAGAUUGAAGCGUACACCCAUUGGUAAUCCGCAUCCGCAAGAGACGUGUGGGUAUAGUAAAUCGUCGCACACACGUACGUGACGAUCGAUGAGGAUCGUUGGGGCUGCGAAGCCGGAGAGGAUGUCUUCCAUGGAGCGGGAGCCCAAGACGCUCUCCCUCGGCGAGCUCAAUUACGCCAGGGAAGCAGCGCUGUACGUGCUGACCACGCGCUCCUCGCAGGACGCAGCCCGGAUCUUCACCGAGGGUCUGAAGCCGGUGCUCGGCGUCAGGAGCAACUCCACGGACUCUGACUCGGAGGAUGACGAGGAAGGGGACGUGUUUGAUCCGGACGUGCUCGUCGACGAUCACGACGUGCGCCGUCAUCGCCAGAUGCGUGGCCGCAUCGGCAAGAAACGAGACUUCGCUACAGCGCCCUUCUAAUUACGUUCACAUCCAUGCAACACAUGUACUAAUUGGUUGUCUUCGAUCGGUUUUGCCACCUGUUCAUAGAGCUUUUUCUGUAACAUAUGUAAAUGGUUGUCUUCGGCUCUGCCACAAACAAAGAACAUGCAAUAGAGCUAAUUUUUUUUAAA